AUGUGGCGCUUGGCGGUUCUCGCGGUUCUGGCUGUGGCGGCCGCGGCGGCGGAGGACGCCUUCCUGGCGCAGGAGUCGCUGCUGUACGCUCUGGCCGCCGCCGCGCCGCCGGGCGCCUCCAACUCCUCCUGCAGCGGACAGCUCUCACAGCUGCGGGACGCCGCCGACCGCAGACACGUCUGGGCGCUCAAGAUGCUGGACGCAAGUGGCACUCCUGGAGCGGCUUUUCUGUGGGGCAACAACUACUGGCUUGGGUCCAGAUCUCAGUGUGAAACCAUUCCACUUCGUGAACCACUGGUGCUUUCCAGAGAUCUACCGAAGCCACCUCUCGCGUGGCCACCUUACCCAAUACACUUCUCAGUCGCCUCGUUUAGGCACAAUGCAACACUUCAAGUCCAUGUCGGUUUGCCCAAUGAGGAUUUGAUAGUAGUUGGACUGUGCCUGCCUGCCUCAUGUCCUGCAAAGGAGGUAGCUGAACUGCUGGAUGCAGCAUUCCUUUCAAAUCCUAUAUACAUCCAGAAGAUGUACAACAUGAGCUUCAGUCGAGUCCAGGUGGAAUCACUAAAGGAAGAUGACUCAUGGGUGUCAGAACAAACAUUUGUUACUGUUGAGGUACUGUUGACAUUUGUAGCGGUAAUCGUGAUUCUGGGUACAGCAUAUGAUGUCAUUAUUUGGCAGCCUCAUCUGAGAGAAAUAACAGCACAUGGCACAUCCCAGAAAACAAAAGUCCACAGUGUUAAAGAGAACAUGGAGGUAGCCAUCACCAACCCUAAAAUACGUGAAAACAAUAAUGAUAAUAGUUACAGCAACAACUACAGUGAGAAAACUGAUUGUUACACAAGCAAAUCAACAUCUUCCACAAGAGAGAAAAUUGUGCAGGGGCUUGGGCCGCUGAAUAGCAUCUUAGUAUGUUUCUCCAUAUAUUCCAAUGUACCCAUAAUACUCGACACCCAACUUGGUAGUGACUCUGUCCCAGCAAUACAUGGCCUGCGAUUCAUGGGUAUGGGUUGGAUCAUCAUGGUGCACACUGUUUUCUAUCUCAGUGAUUAUGCCGAACAGACACCACCCAUGUCUACAGAUUACCCCAUUGCUUAUGAUACUCAGGAUCUUUUUACAUUGUUCCCCAAUUAUCACCAUAACAGCAACAUCUGCUCGCUUCUGGUACUGGACGCGACGGGGCGUCGGGACCCACGAAGAGAGGCAGCGUCUCCUGACGCUGCGUCGACGGCUGCUGAGUGGGCGCCGGACAAGGCGCUGCGGUGUCAGACUCCUUGGGGGAGCCCAAGGAAAGCGGCUGCAGGACAGGCUGCACAGCCACCGCUUGGGAAGGCGGCCCGGCUGAGGGGUCGACGUCCAUCAGCUCCGAAGGCGGUGGCGACUGAAGAGGGACCGCAGGCGCCGGAGCGACCACCUGGGGCGCUCCCGGAUGAAGCUGCGCGGGAGGCAUCAACGGGAUGGGCUGUCGGCGUGGUAGCGGCGACGGCUGCUGCUGCUGCCCUGGGGGCGGCAGCGAAGUCGGAAGGCGCGGCUGGAACCCGCCGCGGACCAAAUCUGUGGACAAAGAACGAGCGGCAGAAUCAGGGCGGCCAGCAUAAUAAACCACAAGCUUUUUACUUGUCAGAAGGUUUCAUGGUGCAGGUGGUCAGUAAUUCUACUCUUUCAGUAGACACAUUUUUUUUCCUCAGUGGGUUCCUAGUUUCAUAUCUGUAUUAUCAAGGGAAACAAGGAAAGAAACCCUUCCAAGAGACGUGUGGAAGCAAAAUUGUGGAGUUUAUCACCAUGGUUCUACGAAGAAUUAUUAGGUUGACACCAGCAUAUAUGGCAGUGAUUGGAAUUGCCAUACUUAAUAUGAAAUGGCACAGCCAGAAAACUUUGUUCCAUAUGACAGAGAGAGCAGAUGUUAUUUGUCCGAAGUACUGGUGGCGGAAUUUGCUUUACAUCAAUAAUCUGUUUGACAGGGAAGAAAUGUGUUUGUCCUGGAGUUGGUACUUAUCCAAUGAUAUGCAAUUUUUUAUAAUUGCAAGUUUCCUUCUCAUUCUCUCUAGCAGCUACUUCUUGCUGAGUGCUAUUAUUCUGGGAUCACUAAUUGUUGCUUCAUCAGCAGUAACUUUCUACUCAUCAUAUAUCAACAGUUAUAUUCCUGUGUUAGAUCAACAAUUUGCAAUGCUUAGUACCUUGUACGAUCCACCUUGGACACGCAUUGGACCACAUCUAGUUGGAGUAGCUACUGGCUACAUUGUUAUUUAUUUGAAAGGGAAGCUCAUACUGAAGAAGAGAACACUGCUAAUGGCAUGGCUUCUAGGAUCCACUUUCAAUGUGAUCACAUUAUUUGGUCUCUACAAUCGUAAUAUCCCGGUUAUUGCAGCAGCACUUUAUGUGGCUCUAAGUAGAACUGCAUGGGCACUGGGAAUCUCAUGGAUCAUAAUAGCAUGCUGCACAAACAAUGCUGGCAUCAUCAACUCUAUAUUAUCGUUUAGAGGAUGGAUACCACUCAGCCGUUUAACGUACUGUGUUUACCUCCUGAACCCACUGCUUAUGAAUUCCAUGUACCUAGACAGCGAAACUGCCAUGCAUGUCGAGUUUUUACCGCUGGCUGCUUACUUCUUUGGCCAUGUAGGUGUGUCGUUCUUUUGUGCAUUUGUUUUGUCCCUGACUUUUGAGACUCCAAACGUCCUGUUAAUGAGGUGGCUCUUGGGAUGCAGAAGUAAGAACCAGAAAGCAAAUGCAAGAGCUAAGGACUGUAAAGCUACCUCAGUGUAGUAUCGACUGAUUAAUGUGUAGUUCCUGCUAGUCAAGUUGUGAUUUAAUUUAGUAUUGCUUAGA